AUAACCUGCAAGAUGCUGAAGGCAAAGUGCCUGUUGACUUCAUGGCGAAAUCCACUAGACUGGAUAUAUCAUGUCAGGCCAGGCGAUUAUCUCAUUGGUGGGGUCAUCUCGGCAGAUAAAGUUAUGCGUCCACUUUACAGCUUCAAUGCAACUCCAGCCAAGCAGGUUUCUCGCUGGGAAGACAAUCCGUAUAAGGGGUACCUCUUGUCCUUCAUGAUUGCUAUCCGUGAGAUCAACCAGAAUCCCCUCAUCUUACCCAACAUCACUUUGGGGUACAACAUCUAUGACAGCAAUUUCAAUGUAGAAACAAAUGCUGAAGCCUUAUUAGACCUCCUUUCUGCUGGGGAGGCAAAUGUUCCAAACUACAAAUGUGGAAGACGGAAAUAUCUGCUGGCUGUCCUUGAAGGGACCGAUUCUGACCUCUCCCACUAUAUUGCAAGCAUGCUGAGCAUCUAUAAAAUCCCACAGACUCUGCCUCCCUCCAGGUGUGUGGGAAGUUGUCGGGCUGGCUCUUUCAAGGUGGGUCAGGAAGGGAAGCCCAUCUGCUGCUACGACUGUGUUCCCUGUCAGGAAGGGACCUUCUCCACUCAGGAAGAUGGAGAUUAUUGCAUCAAAUGUCCAGAAGAUCAGCAUCCAAAUAAGCAGCAAGAUAAAUAUAAAUGUCUCCCUAAGGAAAUAACCUUCCUGGCCUACAGUGACUCUCUGGGGAUCAUCUUGGCUUCCCUUGCACUCUUCUUCUCCUUAGCAACUUUCUUUGUGUUAGCAAUCUUUGUGAAACACAGAGAAACUCCCAUUGUCAAAGCCAACAACCAGGACCUCUCCUACAUCCUGCUGCUCUCCCUCUUGCUUUCCUUCUUGACCUCCUUCCUCUUCAUUGGCCAGCCAAGGAGAGCCACCUGCCUUCUCCGACAGAUGGCCUUUAGCAUCAUCUUCUCGAUUGCUGUCUCUUCUGUCCUGGCCAAAACAAUCACGGUUGUGCUAGCCUUCUUGGCCACAAAGCCAGGGAACAAGGUGAGGAGAUGGCUGGGAAGGAGUUUGGCCAACUCCAUCAUCCUUUGUCCUUCCAGUAUCCAGGUGGUCCUCUGCAGCACCUGGCUGGUGGUCUCUCCCCCAUUCCCUGAUUCUGACAUGCACUCCCAACCUAGAGAGAUCAUCCUGCAAUGCAAUGAAGGCUCUGUCACCAUGUUUUAUGGGGCGCUUGGCUACAUGGGGUUCCUGGCUGCCGUCUGCUUCAUGGUGGCUUUCCUGGCCAGGAACCUCCCUGGGUCCUUCAAUGAAGCCAAGCUGAUCACCUUCAGCAUGCUGGUCUUCUGCAGCGUCUGGAUCUCCUUUGUACCCACCUACCUGAGCACCAAAGGGAAGUACAUGGUGGCUGUGCAGGUCUUCUCAAUCUUGGCCUCCAGUGCUGGCCUGCUGGUCUGCAUCUUCAUCCCCAAGUGCUACAUCAUUUUGCUAAGACCACAUCUGAAUAAAAAGGAACAGCUAAUAAUGAAAACAUAA